CUCGCGAGACUCCGGCGGCUCAGCAAUGGCGAGACCAUGCCGCGUCACUGCUCCGCCGCCGGCUGCUGCACUCGGGAUACGCGCGAGACGCGCAAUCGCGGCAUCUCCUUCCACAGACUUCCCAAAAAGGACAACCCAAGGCGAGGCUUGUGGCUGGCCAAUUGCCAGAGGCUGGACCCCAGCGGCCAGGGCCUAUGGGACCCAGCAUCCGAGUACAUCUACUUCUGCUCCAAACACUUCGAGGAGAACUGCUUUGAGCUGGUGGGAAUCAGUGGGUAUCACAGGCUGAAGGAGGGGGCAGUUCCCACGAUAUUUGAGUCUUUCACCAAGUUGCGCCGGACAACCAAGACCAAGGGGCACAGUUACCCACCUGGUCCCCCCGAUGUCAGCCGGCUCCGGCGAUGCAGGAAGCGCUGCUCUGAGGGCCGAGGACCCACAACUCCUUUUUCUCCACCUCCACCUGCUGAGGUCACCUGCUUUCCUGUGGAAGAGGCCUCGGCACCUGCUGCUUUGCCAGCCUCCCCUACUGGGAGACUGGAGCCUGGCCUCAGCAGUCCCUUCUCAGACCUCCUGGGGCCUCUGGGUGCCCAAGCAGAUGAAGCAGGCUGCAGCGCCCAGCCCUCACCGGAGCGGGAGCCAGAGCGACAGCCGUCCCCUCUCGAGCCGAGGCCUGUCUCACCCUCAGCCUACAUGCUGCGCCUCCCACCACCCGCUGGAGCCUACAUCCAGAAUGAGCACAGCUACCAGGUGGGCAGUGCCCUGCUCUGGAAGCGGAGGGCUGAGGCUGCACUCGAUGCCCUGGACAAGGCCCAGCGCCAGCUGCAGGCCUGCAAGCGACGGGAGCAGCGACUGCGGCUGCGGCUAACCAAGCUACAGCAGGAGAGGGCGCGGGAGAAGCGGGCACAGGCAGAUGCCCGCCAGACUCUGAAGGAACAUGUGCAGGACUUUGCCAUGCAGCUGAGCAGCAGCAUGACCUGAGUGAGGGGCCACUAGACCCACGGCUGACGGGGGGCUGCCUGUCAGGGCUCCAGCCACUUCCUCAGAAUUCACCUGGAAAGGGACCUGCUUUGAGCUGCAUCCACCAGACCUACCAGAUGCCAUAAUAAAGUGGGUUCUAGGAGGCCCUAUAUCUGGUUCA